AUGACUCUGCCCGAAAUGAUGAAGGAGAUGGGGCACACUUAUGUGGACGUGUUCAAGAUUGACUGCGAGGGGUGCGAGGUGGAAAUGGUGAAGGACAUGUGGGCGGCAUAUCAGAACACGGGGAAUAAGCUCGCGCUGCACGGAGGGAAUCUGCCGUUUGGACAGAUCCUCAUCGAGUUGCACAACAUGAACAGUGCUCCUAUUUCCCUCGAGACCUUCUACACUCUUGAGAAGCUCGGGUAUCGCAUGUUUAGCAUCGAGUACAACCCGUACUGCCCCAUGUGUGAGUUCAACGGCGCGCUACAGCCGAUGCUGGGCAACCCCGUGCGAAUGAAGGAGCUGAUCCUCGUGCCCACGUACACGUGUCCCCUCAACGAGCGCAUCGGGAAAUGGGGCGACGGCGGGAAGUGGGCGUGCAUGAUGCCGUCUGUCAUCCAAAAGAAAGAUCCGGUCGUGUACAGCAUCGGCAGCUUCGGCAUGUAUUCUUUCGAGAAGGAGAUGCACCAAAUGCUGCGCACCAUGCCCUACACAUUCGACCCCUUCCUCCCCCCUGCAAAGCGCAACAUCAUGGCCUCCCUCCCCUUCCUCCACUUCAUCGAAAUUGGCCUCUCCGGAACCGCCUCAAUCUCCACCUACCGCACAAAAUUCCCCGAGAAAAAGUUUGCGACGCUGCCCGAAAUGAUGGGGCAGUUCGGGCACAGCUACGUGGACGUUUUCAAGAUUGACUGUGAGGGGUGUGAGGUCGAGUGGAUCAAGGACCUUGGCCAGCUGUAUAACAACACAGGGAAGAGGCUGGCUGUGCAUGGGGGGAAGCUUCCUUUCGGGCAGAUCCUCAUCGAAUUCCACAACAUGGACAAGAGCGUCAAGACUCUCACAAUGGUCUACACGCUCGAGAAUCUCGGGUAUCGCAUGUUCAGUAUUGAGUACAACCACCGCUGCGCCGUGUGCUGUGAGAUGAGCUUCAUUCACGAGAGCCUUGUGCGCCCAGAUAGCGCCACCGAUUGCCGCCCGUUCCUGGCGCCCCCGCUAGAGGACAAGCUGGAAGUGGAGGUGGUGACUGAGGGAGGUGGUACUGGUGAUGAUGGUGCUGCUGCUGGUGAUGGUGAUGGUGCUGCUGCUGAUGGUGAUAGUACUGGUGAUGGUGUUGGUGAUGUUGAUGGUGCUGCUGCUGCUGCUGCUGUGGCUGCUGAAAGCACUGGUGGUGCUGUGGAUGAAAAGGAGAAGGUGGGAGAGGAUACUGAAGAAGAGGAGACGGCGAGUGAGAAGACAGGUGGAAACAGGAAGGUGAAGUUUGGAGGGGAGGGCAAGGAGGAGGGGAGCAGGAAGGGGAGCAGCAAGGGGAUUAGCAAGGUGAUCAGCAAGGGUAGCGCGAUGGGAAGCACCAAGGAAAAAAGUACCAAGGUGGGGAAGAAAAUCAAGAAGGCGAAGAGCAGCAAAACGAGCAAGAAGGAAAUCAAGGAGGAGGAAGAGGAGUGA